CGCAGAGCCCGGGUCGCCGAGAGGAGGCUGCACCCUCGCCACGCGUGGCCCGAGCGGGCGUGGAGCCGGCUGUCCUCUGAAAUGUGACCCAAUUCCGCCACCCAUGCGGGUCCCCAGGUCCCCGGCGCCCCGCUGCCCGUUUUUGUCGCUGCUGCUGCUGCCACUGUUGGCAGCGCCGUGGGGACAAGCAGUUCCCUGUGUCUCUGGUGGUUUGCCUAAACCUACAAAUAUCACCUUCUUAUCCAUAAACAUGAAGAAUGUCCUACAGUGGAAUCCACCAGAGGGUCUACAAGGAGUUGAAGUUACUUACACUGUGCAGUACUUCAUCAGAUAUGGGCAAAAGAGAUGGCUGAAUAAAUCCGAAUGCAGAAAUAUCAAUAGGACCUACUGUGAUCUUUCUGUUGAAACUUCUGACUAUGAGCACCAAUAUUAUGCCAAAGUUAAAGCCAUUUGGGAAACAAAUUGCUCCAAAUGGGCUGAAACUGGUCGAUUCUAUCCUUUUGUAGAAACGCAAAUCGGCCCUCCAGAGGUUGCUCUGACCACUGAUGAGAAGUCCAUGUCCAUUUUCCUGACACCUCCAGAGAAGUGGAAAAGAAAUCCAGAAGACAGUUCUGUUUCUAUGCAACAAAUAUACUCCAAUCUGAAGUAUAACGUGUCCAUUCGCAAUACUAGAUCAAAUAGAAUGUGGUCCCAAUGUGUGACCAACCACACGCUGGUGCUCACCUGGCUGGAGCCGGACACCCAGUACUGCGUCCACGUGGAGGCCUUCGUCCCAGGGCUCCCCCGCCCCACCCGGCCUUCGGAGAAGCAGUGUGUCAGGACCUUGAAAGAUCCAUCUUCAGAGUUCAAGGUUAAAAUCAUCUUCUGGUAUGUUUUGCCCAUAUCCAUUAUGGUGUUUCUUUUUUCUGUGAUGGGCUAUUCCAUCUACCGAUAUAUUCACGUUGGCAAAGAGAGACACCCAGCAAAUUUGAUUUUGAUUUAUGGAAAUGAAUUUGACAAAAGAUUCUUUGUGCCUGCUGAAAAAAUCGUGAUUAACUUUAUCAGCCUCAGUAUUUUGGAUGAUUCUAAAAAUUCUCAAAAGGAUACAGGUUUGCUGGAGAAAAGCAUCAGUGAUGUAUCGGACCUUAAUAACCCCGAGCCCAGCCGGAACCCUGAGCCCCCUCAGGGGGAAGAGGAGGUGAAGCAUUUAGGGUACGCCUCACAUUUGGUGGAAAUUCUCUGCGACUCUGAGGAAAACACCAAAGGCGCUUCCCGCUCCCAGCAGGAGGCAUCCAGCAGAACCACAUCCACGGAGAAAAGGGACCUAGGGUAUGAAUAUGAUGUAAGAUCCGCUGACAGUUGUGCGGGGCCUGAAGACCCAGCGCUCAGCCUGCAGCAGGUUUCAGGCCGGGGAAGCUUAUAUGAGCAUCGGGCAGCUCUGGCACAAUUGGACCCACCAAUGUCACUGUACUCACGCGCCCCGCAGCUCCGAGACUUGCACUCCCAGGCACAGGAGCACACAGACUCAGAAGAGGGGCCUGAGGAAGAGCCAUCAGCGACACUGGUUGAUUGGGACCCUCGGACUGGCCGGCUGUGUCUAUCUUCCCUGUCUAGCUACGACCAGGACUCAGAGCACGCUGAGAAUGACCGGCUGGCAGAGGAGGGCCUGUUAGCCAGGCUCUACGAGGCGCAGGCUCCAGACAAGCCGCCAGAAGAACAUGAAACCUAUCUCCUGCAAUUUAUGGAGGAAUGGGGCUUAUAUGUACAAAUGGAGAACUAAUGCCAAACCCUCCCUUGGCCAGCCCCCCUCAUGAGACAAGGCAUGGGAGUGCCAACAGAUGAGGGACCCAACAAGAUCGUACCUACCUGGGAUAAAAGAAGUUUGUUCACACUUCUCAGUGUUUGUGAGAAUUACUCAUUUUUUCACUUUAUGCUCAUAGCUCUUGUCUGGUCCUGCCGCCUACCAGUGGUUGGUUCAUGUACACAGCCUCUUACAAUGGCAGGGCUGGGAAGCACCCGGAGUGCUGUGGUUGGCCUGUUUCAUUACACAGAGGAAGCAAUUAAUAGAUGUUUGCCCAAUUGGGUGCAGAAUUUAUUCAAGUGGGUUUAUUAUUUUCCAACAAGCACACUUGUACCAUUAUUUUCUGGUUAUGUACCAUGUGUAUAUAGCAUUGUAAAAAUAUUUCAUAAUUUUAUACAUGCUACUAUUUCAGAAUUUGGUUAUUGUGAGAAUGAAGAAAUGCUUAAAACAUCCAUACCUAUCACCACUAGGUUGGUGGUAAGUUGGUCACCUACAAAGCCCUCAACCCCCUAUUCAAUCCUAGUAAUCCACGUGUCAAGUGAAUAAAUCAGGCACAGGCCUUCGGAAUAUCUCACACUUUUGCCUCAUUUAAGAGGUCAAAUUGAAUACGAGUAGUGCUGGAGUAUAAACAUAAAUCAUUAUUUGGUAGUCAGAAAAAUGCCCUCUCAAUAAUUUAGCAGGGACUUCCUCAAAUUUAGUCUAAAAGAAAAUGCCAUCAUUUUAUAAUGGAAUAUUACAUUUACCAGUGAAAAUCUAUUUUGAAAGAGAUAUUCUGUAAAGUAGAAAGUUGUUCAACAGUUGAAGUACUGUGUUACCAUUAUACUGUUAAAUAUUCUAUUAGAGUGGGGGGUAUCUCAAAGACUUUUGAAUAUGUAUGACUAUCUCUGUCUAUAUAGUAUUAAGAUCAAUAAAUAAGCACAAGACAUAUGAAAGAAAUAUGUUAGAUGAAUAUGUGAGGAAAAGUUUAUUAAAAUUUGAUAUACUUUAUUUACUGUGGUAACUAAAGCACACCAUGAACGAAAACCUUUCUGGUUACGUUCUAGUAACUGCUCCCAUCUCCUUUACCACUUACUAAGAGAAUUAAAUUCGGUAGUCACACUGGAUUAAAAUAGGAUAGAAUCUUUUAAGGUGAGUCAUAUAAAAUCAUUGACAGUUGGCUGUUUAUAAUCUGCAGAAACAGAAACUUCAUAUGGUUUUGCCAUAAUAUCUAUCCAUUUCAGUCUCACAGACUCAUAAUCUAUUGGUGCUCUUUCAGGAAAACAGACAUCCACAUUUCCUUAUUUAUAUUUUUGGCACAGGCAGACAACUCUGGUAGGAGAGAGAGUUUCUGGGGUCAUGAUCUUUUGCGGUUGUCUACAAAAUCUGAACUGUUUUGGAUCUGCCAGUUUAAUUUGGAAAAUAAUUACAUUAAUCAGAGUGUUCUGUUCUUCUCAAUCUUUAUCGAAAUGAUUCUGCCCAUUUUGAAUACCAAAUUUAUAAAACUAUCUGUAAAAGAAGUUCAGGAGUAGGAACAAAUGAGUUGUUAUUAAGAGCAAAAGGAAAAUAAAAU